AUGAAAAAUGGAACUGAGAUCACAGAAUUCAUCUUGGUAGGAUUUAAGAAUGAACCUCAGAUGCAGAUAGUUCUUUUAAUUCUCUUCUUGGGGAUGUACAUUUUCACCCUGGUGGGGAACAUUGGCUUCAUCAUAAUCACCACCGUUGAUGCUCACCUUCACACGCCUAUGUACUUCUUCCUGAAGAACCUGUCUUUCAUGGAUGUCUGCUACUCAUCCACCAUCACGCCCAAAGCUGUGCUCAGUUUUUCAACUGGGAACAAGGUGAUUUCCUAUGCUGGCUGUGCAAUCCAGAUGUUCUUUUUCUCUCUCCUUGGGACCACCGAGGCAUUUUUGCUGGCUGGGAUGGCAUAUGAUCGAUUCAUUGCUGUCUGCAACCCAUUGCUUUACCAUUCAAAAAUGUCCAAGAGGACCUGUAGAUUUCUUGUGAUCGGUGCAUAUUUCUUUGGCUUCCUCAAUUGUUGUACACAGACAAGCCUCACAUUUAGGUUAUCUUACUGUGAGUCCAGGGAAAUCAACCAGUUCUUUUGUGAUGUCCCAGCUGUCAUGAAGGCCUCUUGCUCAGACACUUCUGUAAAUGAAAUUGUGCUGCUAGCAAUGUGUGGAUCUAUUGUUAUAGUGACAUUCUCAAUUAUCUCUAUUUCCUAUACCUACAUUAUAGCAACAGUCCUUCACAUACCUUCUUUAGAGGGUAAACACAAAGUCUUCUCAACCUGUACUUCCCAUGUUAUUGUUGUAAGCUUGUUCUUUGGAACAACUUUCUUUAUGUAUGGUCAACCCGGGGCUAUUGCUUCUCCAAAUAUAGGCAAAGUGGUAUCUGUCUUGUAUACUAUUGUAAUCCCCAUGUUGAAUCCAUUAAUCUACAGUUUAAGAAACGUGGAGGUUAAAAAUGCUUUGUGUAGACAAAUAAAAAGGUUGCCAUGCUCCCACUAA